AUGGUGUCUAAUGAAGAGAACUAUGUUCCAAAAAGAAAGUACGCUCCACCACCACCACCACCGACAACAAAGGCAAAAGUUGAGCCGACCAGCCAGCCAACCACCGGCCCAAGCAGCGAUCUGGAACCAGCGUUCGGUCAAUUCAUGCGAAUGAUGACAGAAUUGAUCAAAAAGGAAACCAAGAAAGAAGAUAAGCAGGGCAACGACGCAAAGGAAAACGUAUAUGAAAUAUUAAAUAUUAAAUCUAUAAAAAUAUAA